AUGGUAGAACGGUCCGGUCGAACACCAAAGCGGGUCAGCAGGGCGCGCGUGGCGCGCAGGGCUGCAGGGCAGCAGGACAGCAGGGCACGCGGGGCGCGCAGGACAGCAGGGCGCGCGGGGCGCGCAGGGCUGCAGGGCGCGCGGGGCGCACAGGGCAGCAGGGCAGCAAGGCACGCGGGGCGCACAGGGCUGCAGGGCAGCAGGGCACGCGGGGCGCACAGGGCUGCAGGGCGCGCGGGGCACACAGGGCAGCAGGGCAGCAGGGCAGCAGGGCACGCGGGGCGAACAGGGCUGCAGGGCGCGCGGGGCGCGCAGGACAGCAGGGCGCGCGUGGCGCGCAGGGCUGCAGGGCAGCAGGACAGCAGGGCGCGCGGGGCGCGCAGGACAGCAGGGCGCGCGGGGCGCGCAGGGCUGCAGGGCGCGCGGGGCGCACAGGGCAGCAGGGCAGCAAGGCACGCGGGGCGCACAGGGCUGCAGGGCAGCAGGGCACGCGGGGCGCACAGGGCUGCAGGGCGCGCGGGGCACACAGGGCAGCAGGGCAGCAGGGCAGCAGGGCACGCGGGGCGAACAGGGCUGCAGGGCGCGCGGGGCGCGCAGGACAGCAGGGCGCGCGUGUCGCGCAGGGCUGCAGGGCGCGCAGGGUGCGCAAGGCAGCAGGACAGCAGGGCGCGCGGGGCGCGCAGGGCUGCAGGGCGCACGGGGCGCACAGGGCAGCAGGGCAGCAGGGCGCGUGGGGCACACAGGGCAGCAGGGCAGCAAGGCACGCGGGGCGCACAGGGCUGCAGGGCAGCAGGGCACGCGGGGCGCACAGGGCUGCAGGGCGCGCGGGGCACACAGGGCAGCAGGGCAGCAGGGCAGCAGGGCACGCGGGGCGAACAGGGCUGCAGGGCGCGCGGGGCGCGCAGGACAGCAGGGCGCGCGUGGCGCGCAGGGCUGCAGGGCAGCAGGACAGCAGGGCGCGCGGGGCGCGCAGGACAGCAGGGCGCGCGGGGCGCGCAGGGCUGCAGGGCGCGCGGGGCGCACAGGGCAGCAGGGCAGCAAGGCACGCGGGGCGCACAGGGCUGCAGGGCAGCAGGGCACGCGGGGCGCACAGGGCUGCAGGGCGCGCGGGGCACACAGGGCAGCAGGGCAGCAGGGCAGCAGGGCACGCGGGGCGAACAGGGCUGCAGGGCGCGCGGGGCGCGCAGGACAGCAGGGCGCGCGUGUCGCACAGGGCUGCAGGGCGCGCAGGGUGCGCAAGGCAGCAGGACAGCAGGGCGCGCGGGGCGCGCAGGGCUGCAGGGCGCACGGGGCGCACAGGGCAGCAGGGCAGCAGGGCGCGCGGGGCGCACAGGGCUGCAGAUCCCCUCCCCCCCACUGCUGCACCCGCAGCAGGGGGGUGGAGGAGAAGGGGGGGGGGGGGGGGGGGGGGGCGGGGGGGCUGGUCAGCCACCCCCCGGAACCGCACCCCUCUUGCCACCCCCUCACCCUCCAUGA